UGCAGAGACGUUUGACAUCGAUAAAUGCGUGAGAGUGCUCGCGAAGUGCGGAGGUAUCAGGCUGUCGCUCGUUCGUCGGCUUGUCGUAGUCGUCGUCGUCGUCGUCGUCGUCGGGGGCUCGUGGGCUCGUCGUCGUCGGUCAGUUCGAGCCUCCUUUUCUUUGUCCUGACUAGCCCCCCCACUCUCUGCUCCGCGAAAACCUGUGCAAUAGUAGUGUUAGGCAGUGCCGAUCCACAGUGACCGUCUUUCUUUACGUCGUCGCUCAGCUGCGCCUACUUUAGUGUGCGAGCGAACGUAUCCGGCGUGCCAAAUGUCACUAGGUGGACGAUAGGGUCGAAAUACACUCGAUCCUCGACGUCGUACAUACGCACGCGUUUACCAGUGCAUGUAUACAACGUAGAGGUAUCAGAUCCGCGUUCGAGUGUUGUCAGAAACUGAAUGUUGUGAAACGAAGGUGAAGAAAGGAAGAACCGACGAAGUCAGGCGGAAAGAGAAGGGAGAAGUAACCUUACGAAUCUAGUGAAACGUCGUUGAGUAAAAGGAAAAGAGAAAAAAAUAUAAGUAGAGAGGGAUAAACUGGCUUGUAAGCAGACCAGGCUAGUAGAAGUUACGAGUAAGAGACAGACGUGAACGAGAUACUCCUAAAUCGAAAUUCUUUGCACGUGGAACAAACGACAGAGUGGAAACGGAACAGGAAGAAAGAUCAAAAUAAAAAAAAAAAAAAAACACAUACACACACAUAUACACAAUUCUUGAUGCGUAUCACGGUUGGAGAAGUCUGGCCAUCGAUUUGCCGUCCGCGAAUCUAGUGCGCGUUUGAAAUCGUGCUAGCCUCGUGUGUGUUACGUGCACAUAAGCUAACGCAGCCAGCGAGGCGCGUGGACGGUCGAGAAAAGGAGGAAGAGGUGGCGGCGGAGGAGGAAGAGAAGGAGUGGCGGUUGAACAGGCGGGUGGAGAGAAAAGUUCGAGAAGCGGCGGUAGCGCCAACCAACAACAACAUCAACAACAACAACAACGUAACAGAGAGCCGCGUUGUACGGGGCUGUUGGUGGUGCGCGUUUCUGAACGUUUCUCUCGCGUUGUGUGUCGUUGUGAGUGGCGGGAUUGCAGGGAAAGAGGUAGUGAACCGAAGCCGCCAGAAUUACGCCAAACCGGGGAAAUAUGAGCAUUGCUGACCUAAUACAGGCCGCCGAGUAUAUUGAACGAAGGGAAAGAGAAGCUGAACAUGGCUACGCUUCAACGAUGCCGAUGCCCGAUGACAUGCGGACGGUCACAAAAAGGCCCAAGACGAAAAAAUCCCAGGGCAGCAGGACGACUCAUAACGAGCUGGAGAAAAAUAGGAGAGCUCACCUCAGAAAUUGCCUGGAAAAGCUGAAAGUAUUGGUUCCAUUGGGUCCCGAAACGUCAAGACACACCACGUUAGGUUUGUUGACCAAGGCCAAACGUUUUAUUAAGAGCCUGGAGGAGCGCGAUCGCAAGCACGCGGUGCACAAAGAGCAGCUGUCCCGCGAGCGGAGGUUCCUCAGGCGACGGUUAGAGCAGCUGACAAGUCAGACGGGUCUUCACGGGCUCCACGGGCUGCACGGUUUGAGUUCGAGCGUCCCGACCGGUUCCUCUUGCGGGUCAGGAGCAGCCGCGGCCGCGGCUCUCCUCUCGAAACGUCGAAGCGUAUCCGAAUGCUCGCUCGGCACGGCCUCCUGCACCAGUUCCACCGCCAGCUCCAGGAACUCCGACAGGUCUGCGGGCAGUCCCUCCGUCUCGGAGUCCGAUGAAAUAGACGUGAUCGGUGAGUCGAGCAACCAGUCGGACACAGAUGAUCACAGCAGCGUGCAAAGCAGCAGUGACAGUGGUGUCGCAAUGUCCACAUCCAGGCUGACCCUUUCCGAAAUGAUGGACAAUCUUUAGGUACGUAUCAGACAAAGAAGAGAUGGCGCGGUGGCGGCGGAAGAAAGCGGAGGUGGAUCGUUCGAGGGCGAAGAAACGUGGGGGAAAGGGUUUGGAAGAGGGAGGAAACACGUGGAGGGCGAAAAGUACGGGCGAAGAAGCGGAAGAACAGAAGAGUAUCGGCUAGCAUGUACGCGGAUACGCAUCCCCUGUCGCGACGCUGAAGAAUCUUAACAGGGUGUGCUGCCGCGUACUCGAUCAGCGAGAUGAAGAAAUCAAGUGUAGAAGAAACCGGGCCAAUGGCGCCAAGUAAAUGGCAAUUAACGAAACUGACCAAUGCGAACGGAGGGAUACGGAAUUAUCAUCCUCGAUCGAAGGAUAUCGUCCUCGAGAAAGAAACGUUAGAGAAGCUGAAUUGGUCGCGUGUAAAUUGAAAGUUGAUCGAGAGCAUUGUACAUAUUUUUAAGGAAGACUAAAUUCUUGAGAGAAGAAGCAAAAAAGAAGAGAAAAUACAGCGAGAAGAAGAAGAAAUGAAUUUCAAGCGUUUCUUUCUCGACACAUAAACGAAGAAAGCUGUCGAUUGGAACUUCAGCCUGUCGAUUUCAACGGAUCGACCGACAAAGAACGAGUCGAUCAAGGGAUAUCUCGAUCGGUGAUCGAUCGAUCGGACUUUAACUAAUCCACACGGUUGGUCCGUUGUGUACAAUUCGUGGAAACGAUCGGUGCGAACCGAUCGCAGUAUCGCGAAGAUCGUCUCUUUUAUCUGAUCUUUCUCGCCCGUUUCUUCGUGCCGAGUAUCAUCGAGACGAUUCCAGCUGACCCCGAGAGAAGAUUCAUCCGUUCUUGUCGACCUGUUCGACUAAAUUUCACGCCGCCGUCGUUCUUGCGAUCGUUUUUUGUCUUUUCAUUUGUCUUGCUUGCUUUUGCUUUCGAAGAGGGUACACACUAUUGAUGGGAUCCAAGUAGGUUCGAAUCUAACCGAACAGUUUCGAAUAAUUCAUGAGUAUUUGAAAAAAAAAAAAAAGAGAGAGAUACCUGUGAGUGUAUUAGAACCUAGAAGAGAUAGAUUUGAGUUUUUCACGAGUAUUCGAGUUCACAGAAUGAAACAUCGCUGUAGUAGUCUAAUUCCACGAAGUCAAACUUUGCUUUGGGACUCGACUAGGAUUCCUGAGUGCUCUCAAAUGCAAAAUGAACUUCUCUUGGUUAAAACUUGGGAAAAUUCUGGGGAGAACCUAGAGAAAAUCUAGGGAUAGCCAGGGAAAGAUGGGAGAUCCCAGGGAGAGUCUUAGAAAAGCCUCACCUAGAACCUCCCCUCUUGAAACAUAAAUAACAUGAAGAAAUGAGGCGAACAAUGGGUCAUUCCAUCCCCUAAUUUCUAACCAAGGGAAGGCUAAAUUGCAGAUAUUAAACUUGAUCCCAUCUCUGGUCCACAUAACGUUUCUUUCUGUCUUCGUCGUUUUUCCAUCCCCCGGCCAAAGAGAUUCGAUCGGAGCAAACCCCUUGUCGCCCGCGUCGAAGAAGGACCGACGGAACGCGAAGAGAAAACACUGGAGAAAUGAAAGUAACAUCGCGAUGUUUUCGCUUUCCGAGGGAAAUAGUGUUACGAGCGUGGUAUCUUUGCAAAAGAUGAGAAAUCUUUAUUUCGCGCGAACGAGAUUGAAAUGGAACAUGGAAAGAUGAAGAAGAAGAAUCUUGCUGAAUGAAAUGGAACAGGCUGGAUGAGAAAG